GAACAGAUCCAUCUUCCCUCGGGGCUAAAACUCGAGGUCUCCUUCAGCCUCCCACCGAACUACUCGCCGUCCUCUAUCUCGAAGCUUGCAGUGUGCCUCCAUCCAUGGUCCUGGCUUGGCGGACGAAUGGACGACCCAGUCCUACAUGCACUGAAGGGCCCACUACUAAGUAAUGGAUAUUGCGUACUGCGGUAUAAUUCUCGGGGCGUCGGGAAGUCCUCUGGCUGGCCUUCGUUUACUGGCACACAAGAGGCAAAGGACCUCGAAGAGCUUGUACAGUGGGCUACAGCUCAGUUGCCCAGCGUUACUUCCGUCGUUGUAGCAGGCUACUCGCACGGCUCACUGAUAGCGUCGCUCUUCCCUCUAUUGCCCGAAGCUAUCACCACCACAGUUACGCACAUCCUGCUGUCGUAUCCGCUAGGUCCACGGGCUUGGCUCACGGCAUUCCGGGGGAAGCAUUACACUACCGCGCUGAACACGCUCGUCCAGGACCCACGUGCGAAUGUGUUCAUCAUCUACGGUGACCAGGACGAGUUUACCUCUGUAGAGAGCUACGACGCAUGGAUAGAGAGCUUGCGACACGAGAACGAGGGCGACGGCAAGGCACGCUUGCAGACGUCAAGAAUCGAAGGGGCAAAUCACUUCUGG